AAGGUGGCCAUUUUGAUUUGCCUAGGGAUUCGGCUGCGUAAUAAAUAUUGGAAGUUUGACGCUGAUUUACAAACAGGAUGAGCUUCCUAUUCGGUGGCCGCUCUACAAAAACCUUCAAACCGAAGAAAAACAUUCCCGAAGGGACUCACCAGUAUGAUUUGAUGAAACACGCCGCCGCGACUCUUGGAAGCGGAAACCUUCGUCUCGCAGUUAUGUUACCUGAAGGAGAAGACCUUAACGAAUGGGUUGCUGUUAACACUGUGGAUUUCUUCAAUCAAAUCAACAUGUUAUACGGAACGAUAACAGAGUUCUGUACUGUCGAGUCUUGUGCCGUCAUGUCUGCUGGUCCGAAGUAUGAAUACCAUUGGGCAGAUGGAACAACAAUAAAAAAGCCAAUAAAAUGUUCAGCUCCAAAAUACAUUGAUUACCUUAUGACAUGGGUUCAGGACCAACUAGAUGAUGAGACCCUCUUUCCAUCAAAAAUAGGUGUUCCAUUCCCAAAGAACUUUCUGUCCAUCGCCAAGACAAUCCUCAAACGACUGUUCAGAGUUUAUGCACACAUAUACCACCAACACUUCCUCCAUAUUGUAGGACUUGGGGAAGAGGCUCAUCUAAACACGUCCUUUAAGCAUUUCAUGUUCUUUGUUCAAGAGUUUGGUCUGGUUGACAAAAGAGAGCUGGCACCGCUUCAGGAACUUAUAGAAAAACUCACAAACAAGGAUAAAGUUUAGUUGUCUCUUACUUUGCAUUAAAAAAUGUUGUUGGUAGUGUAUACUUGUACAAAAUUUGAUUUAGUGUUGGAGCAAACUUAGAUUUUCAGGGCAAUGUAGUUAAGGUUACCUAAUAAUCUGCUUUAGCUUAUGGCAUAUAGCUAUUAAGCUAAAAAAAAGUAAUUUUUCAUGGUGGAAAAGUGCUAAAUUUAACUACAAAAAAAGAUAAAUUGCCAAUUGUUUCAUUUCUGUAUUUGUCUAUAUCAUGCUGAAUGUCAACAUAAGUUUAAAGUCAAAUUAUAAAUAGUUGGUUCAGUAACAAAUUUAAGUCUUAAUAUCUAGACAUCAAUUUCCAGUUCUGUCUGUCAUUCAUUUUCCACAGAUGGGGAGUUUUCUUUGGGUAUUUGCAUGAAGGUUAUGUUAAUGCAAACAGAAUUUUAGUAGUCUCUAUAUUUUGUAUGCAUGCAGUGUUAUUUCAGAUGCUAUUAGGUUAAUUUUAUGUGCAAUUAGAGUUAAGGCACUUCAAUUAGUUAAUCACAGUAGUACUGCACUUUUCAGUGACAUACAUGAGGUGUAGACUCAGCUUUGAAAAUGUGUUUCAUACUGCAGUCAAUCAUGUAAUGAACCAUUCAGGAAACACUGUACAUAGUUUCAGAGGCUUCAGAAAGGUCACAACUCAAAGGAUUAAUCAGAGUGUCUUUAUCCACUUUCUUUGUGUCUGCCUAUAAGUGGCUGUUUCCAUGAUAAUUUACUGCAGUGUAAGUAAAAAAGCCAGUGUAAAUUCAUAUGUUAUUUAAAUGUGGGGUAGUGUACAUGUCCAUGUACUCAGUCAUGUUUGAAUCUUUCAUCAAUAUAAGGAUAUGUUUUGUACAUGUGUUCAUUUGGAUGAUCACCAAUGUGUAAGGUGUUUUGCCAGAGUUGACUUUUCAAACAUACUCAAAGGUAUUGCUGGCAUUAAUUACGUGUCUUUUUUUACUGUGUAUGUGUCCAAAAAUUUCAUCUUUCUAUCAAAGACAAAUUCAGAGAAAGUGUUGGGGAAGGGCUUAGAAUCAUAAUGUGAAUUUAGUGGCAGUGUUCUUUAUAUUCCUGACACAAUUCUUCAUGGGAGUUCUUCACUUUUGAUCACAUGUCUCCUUAUCAUUUUGUCUUUUCAUUUCACAAUGUAUUUUUCAUAUGAUUUGGUUUAUGAUUGAAUAUCACUUUUAUUUUGUAGUUUAUUUUGAUGUCUAGGGUCUACAAUCAGUCUCUGUUGUCAAAUUCUGAACCAAAAUGAAAUACUUUGGAGUUCAUUUCAUUUCUGAUUUGGAACCAGUAUGAUUGACAAUCCUUAAAUUGAUCAGUCAGUGGAAAAUAACUUUUGUUUUCCACAAAAUUAAGAGUUGUCUGAGAGGUAAGUCUUGAGAAAGAAAUUCAAACUUAGAUACUGUAAAGAGAAAGAAUGUGUUGUGCUUUGAGUACAUAACCAAAUGUUUUCUGAAUCAAAGGUUUUGUGUCACAUGUAUGAUUACCUUUCUUUUAUAUUUAGUUUAAUUAAGUGCUAUGUACAGUCAUCUUUAGGAUUCAGUUAUGUAGUACACAUUGUCACUUGUUUAAAUGGUAUACCUUUGAAAUAGUCUUCUUAAUCCAUGUCCACAACAAAACUUAUAUUUUUUAAAAAUUGGAAGUAACCAUAUGCUAGCACAUUGUAUUUCAGGAAAUAUUCCUUAGUAAAGGAUUGGUAAAGUUCAUUUCUAGAUCAAGUUUCCAUCACUAGCUGGUGGCUAACAUGUUUUAUUUUAUUUCCUUCAAAAAAAAUAAAUCCAUCAAUCAUUAAUUCAUCGUUUCAGUUAUUGUAAACUAUGACACAUAAGAAUGUUUAGGAUAAAUCUUGGUCAAGAGUUCCUUUGUUGAUAUGUAACACUAAAUGGUUUUUUUCUUUCUUGUGAAUUAUUUUAUAAAUGUAGUAAAAUAUGGAUUGAUAUUAGUUUUAUAUGGAUCUCAAAUGGAAGACUGUGCACAACAAUGUAUUGGUAACUUGCAACUAAUUUCUCAAAUACAGAUAAUAUUGUAAAGUUUUGAUAUAGUUCUGUAAUAAAUGUUGGUUAUUUUCAGUGA